GAAACAGGAAAAUACCAGCCGUUAGGGAGGCAGAAGGGUGAGUGAAACGGUGCGAGCUGAGGAGCCGCAGGAUCCGCCAUACUGUUUCCUUGCACAGAAACCUGCAGAUGACACUCAGGAGCUCAGCACAAGGGUUUGCUGAAAGAUGAGCCGGGCAGAGUGGGAAAAGGAAAUUGAAAGCAAAAUAUGGGACAUCAUGGUGGAAAAAUUCGAAAACCUGGGGCGUGAUAGCGUUAAGAAAUUAAAGCAGAAACUUACAUACAAGGCACCGGCAGGAAUGAAACCCAUCACAUGGAGACAAGUGGAAACAGCCAGUGAACAAGAAGUGGCGAAUCUGAUCAUAAGGCAGUACACAAUAACUCAUGGGCCACAAUUGGCUGUGGAGAUCCUGGAAGAGAUCAAUGAGAGACAGGCCAGUCUGGAACUGCAAGCUGCACUCAUGACAAUAGCUGAUAGGAAUGGCCCAACACCACAGACAGAGCCAGAAAAAAAUGGCACAAUAUCACAGACAGAUCCGGGUAAUUCCAUCCAUGAUACAGAAUCAAAGACAAAACAGACAGACCCAGUAACAGGGGAAGGUGACUUUGCUGAAGAGAGAACUUUACUGAGAAACCCAGACCCAGAAAUAAUAAACACCCUGAAUGAAAUGAUAGAAUCCUAUAAAGAGUCCAAGCUCUCCCUGAGGGACAUCCUCGACAUUGGGCAGGAGAAUAUAAAUGAAGUUGCCCCCCAGACUGUACAAGACCUGCCCUGGGCUCUCCUAAGGAAACUGAUGGCGCUGGACAGGACUGCAAGAACAGUUCAACUUGAGAAUAUUUCUGCAAGUUCAGAAUCAGAUGCUGAUAGCACAGAAGAGGAAAAAUCUCAACAUUUGGACUUUUAUAGCAAAGAGAAUAACUCUAAUUACAUCAAUCCAUUAGACAUUCUGUGUGCUCUCUUGCAUUGCUCAGAUAUGUUGUUACAGCAGAACAUCUUCUCAAAAAUGUCCCUGUGUCAGUUUGCUGUCCCACUGCUGCUCCCUGCUGGUGAUGGCCCAGAAUGCACCUUCAUGCUGUGGGCUAUGAGAGACAUUGUCAAGAGAUGGAGACCCCACACUCUGGCAGACAGUAAAGGAUUUGUAGAAGGAAACCUGGUUCAAGUAGAAAUGCCAUUGUUCUCCUUUGUGAGACUGGGGCAAAGCAAAUUAUCCAAAUCUAAAAUCCUCAACCAAGUGCUCAGCCCAGCUCAGCAGUACCAGGACUUCUUUAUUCAUGAAAAUAUGGUGGGUGAAAAUAUUAAAAGAGAAAUCUCUGAUGGCCUAGUGGAAAUCUCCUGGUUCUUACCUGUUGGAAGAGAGAAUUCUGACACUUUCCCAGAACCUGUUGCUGUUACUAAUUUGCGUGGAGACAUAGAGUCUAACUGGACCCAAUUCAGCUUCCUAACCCAGGUCUCAUCAGCAGUGUUUGUAUUUGCUGAGAGCAUUAAUGAGAGAGAGUGUGAGCUAUUAGCCCAGUGUAGUAAAUCCAACACCAACUUCUAUUUCAUCAUUACUCCUAGUGGCAAAGGUGUCAGUAAAGAGACAUCAGAAUCCUUCAAAAAGUUAUUCUAUGUGCUUAAUGCUAAACAAUCACAUAUAAUCAUAAAAGAGAAGAGAGCAAAUGAUGCAAGACUAGUGAAAAAUAUACAAACCAUUAUCAAACAUUUUUUGAAAGAAUCCAUUAAGAAAGUAAAACUGGAAGAUUUAUCCAACACAGCCAGGGAACUUGGCAUCAAGGUGGAUGAAAAUUCCCAGGAAUGUCAGAAAGCAAAAGAAUGUGCCACAGAAAUAACUAAAGAGAUACAAGAUGUGGUACAAUAUAAGAAAGAGACAAUGAAACUACAAGGGGAUCUGUGGAAGCAAGUGGCCCAGAUAGAGAAGGAAUUGUGCAGAAUGAGAAAACAAGGGGAUAAAGGUACAGAAGAAUACCGAUCUCAGCUGAUAGAGGAGCUCAAUGAGUUAUACAGGGAGCAGAACCAACAUGGUCUGCCUGACUCUAUGAGUAAGUUCAUUUCUGCCAUCACAUAUUUAUCAAAGACAGAAAAACAUUAUUUCCUGAAAUGGAUGCAAUUUGCACUUGACUCAAUGGCUGGAAACAAUCUCUCUAUGUUGAAAACAAAAUACAAGGUAGUGAAUAACAAUAAAGACAAUAAUCAAAAGUUAAAACAGUUAGACCAGCAGAUAUCUGACAGUUCUUUGGGAGUAGAACAUUUUCUGCGGGAGAUGGGGCAGUUUUAUGAGGCAGAAUGUUCCAUGGUGAGUCAAGGUAAAAUCAAACCCGAUGGAAGACAAUUACGUAAUCUCCCAGGAAUUGCUGCUGAUCUGCUGCUGGAUGGGUUCCCAUUGGAGCUGAUAGAUGGAGAUGCCUCUAACAUCCCCCUACAGUGGGUAACUGAUCUUUUGAAUGAGUUGGAUAAUAAAACAGGAGGGAAAUGCAGAAUGAGAGUAAUCACAGUGCUGGGAGUGCAGAGCACAGGGAAAUCCACCCUCCUGAACACCAUGUUUGGGCUGCAGUUCCCUGUGGCCAGUGGGCGAUGCACACGAGGAGCCUUCAUGACACUGAUUAACGUAAAAGAGAAUCUCAAACAGAACCUGGGCUGUGAGUUUAUUUUAGCAAUUGACACACAAGGUUUUAAGGCCCCAGAACUGGCUUCCCUGGAGGACAGUGAUGAACAUGACAAUGAGUUGGCAACUCUAGUGGUUGGGUUGAGUGAUAUCACUAUAAUCAAUAUGACCAUGAAUAAUACAGCAGAAAUGAAAGAUACACUGCAGAUUGUGGUCCAUGCAUUUCUUAGAAUAAAUAACAUAGAAAAGAAACCCAACUGCCAGUUUGUUCAUCAGAAUGUGAGUGAUGUUGUAGCUCAUAAACUCAACAUGAGGAGUGUUAGUAAAUUCCUGGUGCAGCUGGAUGAGAUGACAAGAAAAGCUGCUAACACUGAAUACAAGAGUGGGAUCACAAAGUUUAGUGAUAUCAUGUACUAUAACCUUGAGAGAGACAACUGGUACAUUCCUGGGCUUUGGUACGGUGUCCCACCCAUGGCUUCUGUAAGCUCCGGCUACAGUGAGAAUGUGUAUGAUAUGAAAAAUUAUUUGUUCAAAUUUAUGGAGAAAAAGGAAAAUCUUCAACAACCAAAGAAUUUUGUUCAAUUUAUUGAAUGGAUAAAAAGCUUGUGGAAUGCUGUGAAACAUGUGAGUUUUAAUUUCAGUUUCAGAAACAGCCUGGAAGAUGAAGCCUAUAAUCAACUAUUAAUGAAAUACUCUUGGUGGGAAUGGGACUUCCGCAAACAGGUUCAUACCUGGCUCAUUAGCACUGAGAACAAGAUCAACAAUCACAAACUGCAGCCGGAAAUCAGACGCACAGGUUUUAAACAUGAUUUGAUUUCUUUACUUUGCGAGCAGGAGAAAAUGAUGUUAGAUUUGUUAAAACAAUACUUUGAGAGUAAUAUGGAUAACGUUCAUCUGAUCGAAAAGCACAGAGAAGAUUUCUCCAGUCGGGUAAAAUUCCUCCGGAGUAAACUGGAAAGCUUUGCAACAGCCAGGAUUAAUGAGACUAUUAUACUCCAAAAAGGUAUCUAUCAAAUAAUAAAUACAGCAAACAGUUAUCAAAAAAUAAUGGAGGAGGAAGUCACUAAUCUCCUAGAACAGGCCAGAGAAAGGAAAAGUCAUUUUGGGAAUGUGGAAAUAGAAGAGGAAUUUGAGACUAUGUGGGGACGUGCAAUAGCUGAGCUGCCGAAUAAUCUUUUACAGAAACUCAAGGUAUCUAAGGAUAUGCUGCUAGAGCUCAAACAGGACAUGUCCAAUAAGGGCAGCUCUAUAAAUAAUAAUAAUCUCAGUAUAAAAGGUUUAGCUGAGUUUGGAAAAGAUGAAUUCCAGAUUAAAUCUCAGCAUAUUGAAAGUGGUUUCCUAGCACGUUUUGUAAUGGAUACCAAAGAAAUCAAAGUAAACCUAUCCAAUCUAUCUUAUUAUUUGAUAAGAAAAUGUUUAAACUAUGUCACAGAGAAGGAUAAUACAGGAUUAGACUAUGAUGGAACUUAUUGCCAAGAAUUGCUCAAUAUGAUCAAUGAAAGGCUCCGGGAGGAAGAUGUUAAGAAACUGCACAUUACCCAUCAGUUUGAGUUGGAUCUGAAGCUCCAUAUCUUAGGGAAGGCAGCUUCUAGCUUUCAAAAUAUGCACGAGAGAUUUAACCAAGAAAAUGAUCCUGUGAUUUGUCUGGAAAAACUAAAAUCUCAUUAUUGGGAAACAAUUCACAAUAUAUAUGAGGGAAAGGAUGAAACACAAAGUCGAGCCAAACAGUUCUGUGAGCUCUGCCUGAAGCCGGCAAUAACCAAGCAGAUUUAUAAGCUUCUGGGGAAGGAUAUUGUAGAUGAUAUUAUGUACAAACUAAGCCCCAAAGAACUGAGCAGCCGUCGUUUCUCUCAGGCACAUGUACUUGAGAAACUUCUAAAAGAUCAGAAUUUCCUUCAGUAUGUAGACUACAUUCAUUCUUAUGAGGGGUUUAUGAAACAAUGGCUGAACCAAUACAUUUUAACAAAAAGACUAAGGAAGUUGCAAACAAAAAUUCUUUCUGAUAUCUGUAAAGACAUUAGGACAGUUUUUGAAAAGCAUCAAAACCUUCCCACUGUCUCAGACUUUUUGAAAGCCUUUUGUGAGACGUUAAAAAGUGAAUUAGUCAUUUCCCAGAUGGAGUUGCAGUUGGUCAGUUUCCAGAACAAAGUAGAUGUCAGACAGUUCACAAAAGACAUUGAGUUUUUUCUUAAUGAAACAGAAAAACAGAUCAGAUCAGAGAUUGGAUCUUCCAGUACGGAAUCAGUACUUGCCAAACUCCCACUGAAACCUGAGGAAGAGCUGUUUGAUAGACUGUUUGGCUGUGGGAAGCAGUGUCCCUUCUGCAAGGUCCCCUGUGAGGCUGGAGGUACUGACCAUAAGGAGCACUUUGCCUCUGUCCAUCGGCCUCGAGGUUUAUACUAUAAAGCGACGAGCGGCGAACUAAAUAUUAAUACAUGUUCUAUUCUUGUUUACUGGAAAAGUAGCUUCUCAGACUGCAAUGACUGGGACAUAAAGUUUGAUCACAAAGCCAAUGCUUCAGCCUACUGGAAAUAUGUUUUUGUGAAGUUUAAUAAUGAGUUUGCAGCGGAAUACGAUGCACUGCCGGCUGAUCUGCCUGAUGAUUGGUGCACAAUAACAAUGGAAAAUGCACUUGAUAGUUUAAGGAAAACAUAUGUAACCUAAGAUAUAACAAAGAACAAUGUUGUAGCACAACAGCCACUGAUCCAGUUUGAUUAUACAAGUUAUGAGUUCUGUAAAGUGCCAGUAAAUGGUUAUUCCAACAAAGUUGUACAAUAAAUGUUUUUAUACAUUAACAUUCAAGAAAAUAUACAAGAACAGCCAAUACCCAAUAAAAGAAGCAAAGAGGCCCUGCCCAAAAGAGCUUCUAAUAUUUAUUUAGCGUAGUAAGAAUUUCCUGGAAGAUUGGACACAUUACAGCAUACAGGACACUCAGAAGUUAAUAUUAUUUUAUAUCUUUAUUAUUACGCUAGUACCUAAUAUCAUAAAGUUACAAUGUCUUGCUUUUUGGAAAGCUUUAGUGAGAUGUCAAAGGAAAAUUAGCCAACUACCAACAGACAAUGUGCAAAAAUGGGUGCGAUUUGCCAUAUUUUACCCACACUGCAUUGCUUCUUACCAGGAAUAUGACAAUGUCUGUGUGCACUGCAAAUAUCUUUGUCCAUUGCCUGAUCCCAGGGUUAUAUCUGUACUGGCAAAUACUGAUCAUCCAACUGCAGAUACACAAAGUGCGUUGGUGUUGGGGGCAGGUGUGUAUUUUACAAACUGGCUCCCAUUGCUAUUUGCCAUUUAGUUGCCAUAAAAUAAUGUGUGUGGCUGCAGUUAAAUAAGUUCUGACAGAACAAGAAAUAGUAUAUGAAUGGGUGCUGGAUAAACAGGUACAAAUUUGAAAUGUAAAAAUUUGUUACAAACAGGAUUGUAACUCAUACAGAGAUGCUAGUAGAGAAGAUUUGCAAUAUUCUAUGUAUCUUCAGAAUGUAAAUAAAGCAAUUAUGGAGUCAAUAUAAAUUGUAACUAUUGUGUGAUUUAUGCUCAGACAAAUAGAAUACAUUCAACACCUGUUUAUCAUAAUAAUAAUUUACAGGCAUAAACUGGUAAUAUAGGUAACUAUAUGGGCAGCAGAAGUUUACAUUUCACUUACGCUCAGUGCCAGAUGUUUUUUGUACAUUUUGUGCUCACUCAUUUUAUGGGCAUUU